CAGGGAGCCUGGUAUCUAGGUAGGGAUCAGUGGUUCACCUUGACCGUCGUGGCCGCUAUGGGACGGGCUGUAGCAUUCUCUUUUUCUAUAUGUCUCACAUGCCUCCCUUCUUAGGUGUCCCGAUUCUUCGGAUUGAAUAUUAGCGACGUCUUGCCCCAGGCUGUACUUUUUCACAUUUAACAAGUACUGGUCGUUCUGCCUAUUAACGAGAGUCUUUCUUUGGAAACAGCAUUGUCCAUACAUGUCGGAAAAGCUUAAUGGACGCAGGAGUGCAGAGAUAAAAGGCCCUCAACAUUGCAAGUAGACUAAAGGGAAGUGAGAAAGCAUCUAAAGAUGAAGGCAUUUCAGACCAUCUGCAGGCAGCUUAGAAGUUCAAAGAGGUUUUCUCUAGAACCAGCCGCCCAUGUGGAUUUCUCCACUUCCUCUUACUCAUGCAGCCGGAAGAAAAAAGUGAAUCCUUAUAAAGAAGUGGACCAAGGAAAGUACUCUGAUUUAGUACAAUCUGUCUUGUCAUCCAGAGGCCUUGCUCAGACUCCAGAAUCAUUGUUUGAGGAAGAUAAUUUACUUUAUGGACCUGUGAGUAAGUGUAAGCCCCCUAAGCAAGAUGAAGAAGCAAGAGUUCCACGAAACUGGUGUCCUCUCUUCAAUCCAGAGAGAAGCAUAAAACUAAACGCAACAAGUACUCCUACAGUUCCUUUGAAAAUCCCUUUGCAAAGAAAUACAACACGUAGUGUGACCAAGAUCCUUCAGCAGACCAUGACAUCAGAACAGCUUUUCUACUUGGAGAGGUGGAAACAGCGGAUGAUUCUGGAACUGGGAGAGGAUGGCUUUGCAGAAUAUUCUUCAAACAUAUUUUUACAAGGGAAACAGUUCCAUAAAGCCUUGGAAAGCAUACUUGCACCUGAGGGGGACUUGAAGGAAAGAGAAGAAAAUCUCGAAUCUGGAUAUAUUGAAAGUGUCCAGCAUAUCCUGAAAGAUGUCAGUGGAGUGCGAGCUCUUGAAAGCGCUGUUCAACAUGAGACCCUAAAGUAUGUAGGUCUACUGGACUGUGUGGCUGAAUAUCAGGGCAAGCUGUGUGUGAUUGACUGGAAGACAUCGGAGAAACCGAAACCUUACAUUCGAAAUACAUUUGACAACCCGCUGCAGGUUGUGGCCUAUGUUGGUGCCAUAAAUAAUGAUGCCAACUAUAGCUUUCAGGUUCAGUGUGGCUUAAUCGUGGUGGCCUACAAAGAUGGAUCCCCUGCUCACCCACAUUUCAUGGACACUGAGCUCUGUUUGCAGUACUGGGCCAAGUGGCUUCUUCGACUAGAAGAAUAUACAAAGAAGGAAAAGAACCAGAAUGUUCAGAAACCAGAUUAAGGGACAGAAUGAUGUCUGGGAACAUUCAGUGGUUCCUCACAAUUUGGGAAGAUCUAUUGCUGCUUAAGGUAGAGAUGCCACAGGAUCUGAAAGCUACAUAACCCAAGUGGAAGUAUUUGUUGAAAUCUAUAACAACCAAAAAGAUCGAAAAGCCAGAGAAAUUUGGAUGUUAAGGGUUGGACUUUAGCACAUUAAAAGAAGCACAAGUAAGCAUGGUCUAUCAUUUACCUAGAAAAGCAAAGCAGGGUUCUCACCAUGUUGGCGGCUUUUGGACUCCUCUCUAUAACCUGUUCCUGAGAAGGAUGUCCAGUCCUUGAAUUGAGAUUGGAGGGCUUGAGGCUUGGCAUGCAAGAAGUUCCCAGGGUACCCCAGGAGGGAAGGGGUCACAAGCCCCCAGCUAUGUGUGGAGGGAGAAAUCGCAUCGGCCCACUCCUGCUGCCAAUGUGAUUUCCUAAAACUAGUUUUAUAUGUUGAGGUUUUCUGUAUAUUUCACUUAGGGGAAAAAAACUUCCAUUUAAUAUUUUUGAAAAAAUGUAUUUUUUUUUUCAUACAUAAUGUGAUUCCUUAGCCUCAGGUAAAACAUUGCUCUCUGGAAAGAUGGAGCAUUUUUCACAUGGUUGACAAUCCUGCUUAACAUACCAGUGAAUAACCCUUAGGAAUAGCCAGACCCCAGUCUGAGCUUUGUAAUUAUGGAUAUUUUAGUAGCUCUGUUCUGGUUUGAGUCAAUGAACCAUGUACAUAAAGAAAAAGUAUCAUUUGUGAGAUUCUUCAGCUAGGGAGAACAGUAAAUUUUGUGUGUGUGAUAAGUAAUAAAAAGUAUUAGUUGUCACUGGGAUCAGGAAACUUAAUAAAUAAAUGCCCACUAUAGCUUUGGGGGAAGGGUCCCUGUUUUAUGGAAUGGGAUAGCAUUUAAGUUACAUUUGUGGUCUUAAAAUAGUAGGGUGCUACAGUUUUUUCUUUAAUUAGCCAUUAAUUAUAAGAAAUAAAAUACAACGUGAAUAAAGUAA